AUGCAGCAAAAUUCUCUACUUGCUCUGUUUCUCUUUUGUUUUCUAAUCGGGUCCGGUUUGGGUCAACCGGGUCAAACCGACGAUCGUCAAACUCUUCUCGAACUCAAGAAGUCAUUUCUCACAAACCCAGAAGAAGAAGAUGUUCUCCGAGAUUGGAAUUCCGAUGAUCCCAACUUCUGCAACUGGACCAGCGUCACAUGCGAUGGUCGUGUGGUCGUGGGUUUAAAUCUCUCUAAUUUGGGAUUAACCGGAUCAAUUUCUCCUUCGAUUGGCCGGUUUAAUAACCUAACCCAACUCGAUCUCUCUGCCAACAGCCUCGUGGGUCCCAUCCCAGCUGCUCUCUCCAACCUCUCUUCUUCCUUGGAAUCUUUGCAUCUCUUCACUAACCAACUCAGUGGCGAGAUACCGAGUGAACUCGGCUCACUCGUAAACCUCAAGUCAUUAAAACUCGGAAACAACGAACUCGUCGGAUCAAUCCCGGAGACGUUUGGGAAUCUCGUCAAUCUCCAGAUGCUCGCCUUGGCCAUGUGUAGACUCACCGGUCCGAUACCGAGUCAACUCGGUCGACUCGUUAAAAUGCAGUUCUUGGGUCUACACGAAAACUACCUCGAAGGACCGAUCCCGCCCGAGUUAGGAAACUGCACCAGCCUCGUUUCGUUUUCCGCGGCAAUGAAUCGCCUCAACGGAUCGUUUCCGACGGAGCUGAGUCGACUCGGAAACCUGCGUACACUCAAUUUGGCAAACAACAGCUUCUCCGGAGAGAUACCGAGUCAACUCGGCGAUUUGCGCAUUCUCGAAUACCUUAAUUUGAUUGGGAACAAUCUUCAGGGUUCGAUUCCAAAGACAUUAACAGGUUUGAAGAAUCUUCAAACCCUUGAUUUGUCCAAGAAUUAUCUCACCGGAGAAAUACAUGAAGGAUUCUGGAGCUUGAAUAAGCUUGAGUUUUUGGUUCUAGCGAAUAAUCGUCUCUCCGGUUCUUUACCAAAGAGUUUAUGUUCCAACAACACAAGCUUGAAGCACCUGGUUUUGUCUAAUACUCAGCUUUCCGGCGAAAUUCCGGCGGAAAUCAGCAAAUGUCAGUCAUUGGAAUCGCUUGAUUUGUCGAAUAACACGCUCACUGGUAAAAUUCCCGAUUCGUUGUUUCAGCUCGUAGGACUCGAGGUUUUGUAUCUUCACAACAGUAGCUUGAAAGGUACGUUAUCUCCAUCAAUAUCUAACCUAACGAAUCUAAUAGAGCUUGCUCUGUAUCACAAUGACUUGGAAGGCAAGGUACCGAGAGAAAUCGGAUUGCUCAGCGAAUUACAAGUUCUGUAUCUGUAUGAGAAUCGGUUUUCCGGUGAGAUCCCGAUUGAGAUUGGGAACUGCACGAAUCUGAAAUUGUUCGAUAUGUAUGGGAAUCAUUUCAGUGGAGAGAUUCCUUCUUCAGUUGGGAGAUUAACAGAGCUUACUUUGCUUCACUUGAGAGACAACGAGCUCGUUGGUAACAUUCCCGCCACUUUAGGUAACUGUCAACAACUGACGAUUCUUGAUGUAGCCGAUAACCGUCUCUCCGGUUCGAUACCUCCCUCGUUCGGGUUCUUGAAGUCGUUAGAACAGUUCUUGAUCUACAACAACUCUCUUGAAGGGAACCUUCCGAGUUCACUCAUCAACCUCAAGAACCUCACAAGAAUCAAUUUCUCCAGCAACAAGCUCAAUGGCUCGAUCAGUCCUUUGUGCGGUUCAAGCUCUUAUCUCUCGUUUGACCUCACGGACAACGGAUUCGAAGGAGAUAUACCUCUUCAGCUAGGGAUAUCUCCGAAUCUUGAUCGUUUAAGGUUAGGGAAGAAUCAGUUCACAGGAAGGAUCCCUUGGACAUUUGGGAAGAUCCGUGAGCUUUCUCUGUUGGAUAUCUCAAGCAACUCUCUCACAGGGAUCAUACCGUUAGAGCUCGGUUUGUGCAAGAAGCUGACACGCAUUGAUCUCAACGAUAACUUUCUCUCAGGGAUUAUACCUCCAUGGCUUGGAAAGCUUCCAUUGUUAGGUGAGCUCAAGCUUUCUUCUAACCGGUUUACCGGGUCUCUCCCUACCGAGAUUUUCGGCUUAACCAAGCUUCUUGUGCUAUCUCUUGAUGGAAAUUCACUCAGCGGAUUGAUACCACAAGAGAUUGGGAACUUGGAAGCUCUCAAUGUACUUAACCUCGGCAUGAAUCAGAUCUCAGGUCCUCUUCCUUCAGCUAUAGGCAAGCUGAGCAAGCUUUACGAGCUUCGGUUAUCAAGAAAUGCCCUAACCGGAGAGAUCCCGUUUGAGAUUGGACAGCUACAAAAUCUUCAAAGUGCUUUGGAUCUCAGCUACAACAACUUCACCGGAGACAUUCCAUCAACGGUUUCAACGUUACAUAAACUUGAAUCUCUUGAUCUCUCUCAUAAUCACCUUGUUGGAGAAGUUCCUGGCCCAAUAGGAGAAAUGAAGAGUUUAGUAUAUCUCAACCUCUCUUACAACAACCUCGAAGGUAAACUAAAGAAACAGUUCUCUAAAUGGCAAGUGGAUGCCUUUGUAGGCAAUGCAGGUCUUUGUGGAAGCCCUCUUGGUCGUUGUAACAGAGGUGGCUUGAGCAAGAAGCAACAAGGUCUUAGUGCGAAAACCGUGGUUAUAAUCUCUGCGAUAGCUUCCUUAGCAGCGAUUGCUUUGAUGGUUCUUGUGAUCUUGCUCUUCUUCAAGCAAAGUCAUGAUCUUUUCAAGAAAGGGACAAGCACCUUCUCAUCAAACUCUUCUUCUUCUUCACAAGCUCCUCUGUUUAGGAAUGGAGGUGCAAAGUCAGAUAUAAAGUGGGAUGAUAUCAUGGAAGCUACGCAUUACCUUAACGACGAGUUCAUGAUUGGGUCAGGAGGUUCAGGGAAAGUUUACAAAGCGGAUUUGGAGAACGGAGAGACGAUUGCUGUGAAGAAGAUUCUGUGGAAAGAUGAUUUGAUGUCAAACAAGAGCUUCAACAGAGAAGUUAAGACCCUUGGAACGAUAAGACACAGACAUUUGGUUAAGCUGAUGGGUUACUGCAGCAGCAAAGCAGAAGAUACGGUUCUUGAGACGCCUCCAGGUUCUGCAGCGAGAGAGAAGCUGAUUGAUUCAGAGCUUAAACCGCUUUUGCCUUGCCAAGAAGAAGCAGCUUAUCAGGUUCUUGAAAUAGCAAUUCAGUGCACAAAGACUUAUCCUCAGGAGAGACCAUCUUCAAGACAAGCUUGUGACUGUCUUCUUAAUGUCUUCAACAAUAAAGCUACUAGUUAUAGCGAGAUGCAAUGUGAUUCCGAGAAGUGA